AUGUCCUACUCCAGCGAGUCGUGCGGCGUCAGCUGCCCCCAGCCCAUCGCCGAGAGCUCCAACGAGCCGUGUGUGCAGCAGUGCCCCGACUCCAGAGCCCUGAUCCUGCCCCCGCCGGUGGUGGUGACCAUCCCGGGCCCCGUGCUCAGCACCUUCCCCCAGGAGAGCGUUGUGGGAUCAUCGGGCCCAGCCUUGCCGGGGCGUUCCUUCAGCUCCCACAGCUCCCAGGGCUAUGGGGGCUCCUUUGGGCUGGGAGGAUCUGGGGGUUAUGGGGGCCCCCUGGCCUUGGGGGGCUCCUCUGGCUAUGGGGGCUCCUUUGGGUCUGGAGGUUAUGGAGGUUCCCAAGGCUAUGGGGGUUCCUUUGGGUUAGGGGGCUAUGGGGGCUCCCAGGGCUAUGGGGGCUCCAGGGGCUAUGGGGGCUCCUUUGGCCUGGGAAGCUGUGGGGGCUAUGGGGGCUCGCAGGGCUAUGGGGACUCCCUGGGAUAUGGGGGCUCCCUUGGCUACGGCCGUUCCCUGGGUUAUGGAGGUGACACUGGCUAUGGGGGCUCCUUUGGGGGCUAUGGUGGCUCCCUCGGGGGCUAUGGGGGCUCCCUUGGGGGCUAUGGGGGCUCCUUUGGCAAUUGCGGGAGGUCCUACAGCUCCGGCUUCUCCUCGCGGGGCCUGGGCUAUUCCCUGCCUGGCUCCCAGAGAUGGGGCAGGUCCCGCCGCGGGAGCUGUGGGGUUUUCUAA